CUCACCGUGUGGUUCCUCAGCGUUUUCUCUAGGUUAGUCCUCUCGUUGGGAAUCCAGUAACAUCGAGGACAAGGUAAUAAUUUUAAUUUAAAAUGGCGCCCAAGGCUCCUAAAUAUGAAAUGGCUGUUGGUCUUAAAAAAGGUCACAGGACAACCAAGAUUGUAAUGGGAAAGUCCAAAGCUGAUAAGAAGCACAAAAUUAGACCAUCACGCCUGAAAGGUAGACAAACCAAGCAUACAAAGUUUGUUAGAGAUUUGAUCAGAGAAGUAUGCGGUCAUGCACCUUAUGAAAAGAGAGGAAUGGAGUUGCUCAAGAUUUCCAAGGAUAAGAGGGCUUUGAAAUUUUUGAAGAGAAGGAUCGGCACUCACAUCCGUGCUAAGAGGAAGAGGGAAGAACUUAGCAACAUUCUUACUCAGAUGCGUAAGGCACAUGCCCAACAAAAAUAAUUGUUUUACUUUUUAAUAAAGUCUUUU